CCCACAAGUUAGAGAGAGCGGCUGAGUGAGCAUUAGAGCUGAGCCUCCAGUAUGAAGUGGCCGAUCCUUUUGAUGCUUUGCCUUUGGCUGGCCAAUGGGUUGCAAAGGGUGCCCCUGAGGAGACACAAAUCCCUGCGGAAAAUCCUGAGGGAGCAUGGGCAGCUGUCCAAAUUCUGGAAGGCCCAGAAGCUGGACAUGAUCCAGUACACGGAAGACUGCUCCACUGUCCCAGAAACUGAGCCACUCAUGAACUACCUGGAUAUGGAGUAUUUUGGACAGAUUUCUAUUGGGACCCCUCCACAGAAUUUCACAGUGUUAUUCGACACUGGCUCCUCCAAUCUUUGGGUUCCAUCCAUCUAUUGUGUCAGCAAAGCCUGUGCUGUGCAUUCCAGAUUUCACCCAUCAGAUUCCAGCACCUACAGUGAAGUUGGAACUCCCUUCUCGAUUCAGUAUGGGACCGGUAGUUUGUCGGGAAUCAUCGGAUCAGAUCAAGUCACUGUUGAAGGCAUCACUGUCAGCAACCAGCAGUUCGCAGAGAGCGUCAGCGAGCCAGGAAACACUUUUCUGGAUGCUGAGUUUGAUGGGAUUCUUGGGCUGGCCUAUCCAUCGCUGGCAGUGGAUGGGGUUACCCCUGUGUUUGAUAACAUGAUGGCACAAAAUCUAGUGGAUCUGCCAAUAUUCUCGGUCUACAUGAACAGGAACCCAGAUUCCUCUGUUGGGGGAGAGCUAGUAUUUGGUGGCUUUGAUCCUUCUCAUUUCAGCGGGACUCUGAACUGGGUGCCAGUCACUAAACAGGGAUACUGGCAAAUCCAAUUAGACAACAUACAGGUGGGUGGGACAGUUGCCUUCUGCGCAGAAGGAUGCCAGGCGAUAGUAGACACCGGGACCUCUCUCAUCACAGGUCCUUCCAAAGAAAUAAAAGAAAUGCAAAAUUAUAUUGGUGCGGUGCCCACGGAUGGCGAGUAUGCCGUGGAAUGCAACAACCUGAAUGUGAUGCCUGAUGUUACCUUCACUAUCAAUGGGAUCCCAUACACGCUCAGUCCCCAGGCCUACACCCUCAUGGAGAAUAGUGAUGGCAUGGCAUUCUGCACCAGCGGUUUCCAAGGGCUGAACAUGCAACCGCCGGCUGGGCCACUCUGGAUUCUGGGUGAUGUUUUCAUUGGCCAGUUUUACUCUGUCUUUGACCGUGGAAAUAACAGAAUUGGGCUGGCACCAGUUGUCCCUUAAGGCAGUUUCUCCUAAUGGUCAGAGUAAGGCUGUGGGAGUCAGUGUAGAGCUUGGUUCUAUUCUUGGCUCUGCCGCUGUGUGACUUUGGGCAAGUAACGUCAUGCAUUUUGUGCCUCAAUUUCCCCACCUGUAAACAGGGAUAAUCAUACUGACCUCCUUUGUAAAAUGCCUUCGGAUCCUUGGCUGAAAAGCACUACAGAAAUGCAAAGUCUAGCAGGAGGCAUUUGUUUGACCAACACAAAAAUGUCUUUGGUAACUUUGUUAAAGCCAGUUUACAGAUUUUGAUUUUACCCUUGACUCAAUGGAGAUUUUCAUCAAAUAAAAAGAGGAUUUCAAUUCUCGUUUCACAUCUAAAGUUGCAACAAUCAAACUGAAUUAGAUUUGGAAAUUACUGCAGAAAACAUGGCUGGCUUUGGUAGGCUGAAUUGUUCACGGUGCCAUCACCCUUCACCCCCAUGAAUUAAAAGCUGUAGAUAUGCCUGAAAUAAUACCUCAUGGGUGUCUCUGUAUUAGCAGCAUCUUCACUGGACUGGGAAGAAUUUUGACUGUGCAGGAGGAGGAUAUGGUGGCCAAAGCUACCACAACUGAGGAAGAAGUCUUUUUGUUAUGUUGUCUGAUUGUCUUUAGGCUGCAAUUUUUAAAUGAGCCCAAGGGACUUAGGAGCAUGAGUUCUACUGAAAAAUCAAUAGGAGUUGAGUUUCUACCUCUCUGAGGUGCUUUUGAAAAAUCCUGCUUUUGAAAACCCUUAAUGGUCAUAUUCUGUGGUAAGGGGCAGAGCUAGAUGGAAUGUUCCGAAUGAAAACCUGAUACUUCAGCCAGUUUUGCCGAGGUUAGUGAACACCUAGGCAAAAUGUGGAACAAGCCUGAAGUGAUCCUGGGGUAUUUAUGCUUUGCAAGGUGCCCACUCAACUGGUGCUUCCCAGAGAGUUUUGCUCUGAGUGUCUGGGUUAUUUCCUGAGAUGUAGGGAGGGUGCACGCACUUUCAGAGUGAGAGCGGGUAAGGAAAGCUUUGGGCCAAUCUCCUCCAACAGACAGCACUGCAGUUGGCACAGCUGGAAAGAUGGGUUCUAAAAUGGGCAGCACUCUGCAAAAAAAAAAAA